AUGUGCAGUUCGUUGGUGCCCAAGGACCACCUCUGUUUUGUUCAAAAGGUCACCUUACCCGAUUACGACRCGUUUCGAUUUUUGUUUUUCGACAUUGAAGCUCUGGCGUAUGAAGAGGACCGCAUCCACUGCGUGUGUCUUGUCAAAGCCCUUCAUGUGUGUCAGGAGUGUCACGAAGAUCAAACCUUUACAUCGUUGUGCCCUUUGUUUGAAGGUGGAAUGACAAGUCGGAUGAAGAYGUUUCAUACGCUGGACGCUUUCAUGGAGUGGCUGCUGUCUGUUCAGAAUCGGGGUACUGUUUGUUUCGCUCACAACCUCAAAGGAUGCGACGGACAAUUUGUGGUGUCUUGGAUGAUCAAUAACAGCUUUGUGCCCAAAGUGAUUCUUAAUGGGCGUAAAUUAAUGUCCAUCACUUACCUCGCGCUGUCUUUGUCCCUUAAGGACUCUAUGAAUUUUGUCCAUGCCGGUUUGUCAAAGCUGCCAGGGAUGUUUGGCCUUGARGAUCAGAAGGGUUAUUUUCCUCACAAAUUUAACACAUCUGCUAAUCGCGAUUAYGUGGGAGCUCUUCCUGCCUUGGAGUAMUAUGCCCCUGAAUUGAUGACCUCAAAAGAAAGGCGCGAGUUUUUGACUUGGUACGAGAAAGAGGCCGACAAGAACCAAGAGUGGUGCUUAAAGAGCGUCGAAGAUCCCUMUUGUGAARUGGACGUGAAAGUUCUUGCUGGGGCGAUGAUGAAAUUCCGAGACGUGAGCGUCKMGACAACAGGAAUUGAUCCCUUGAAGCAAUGUUUGACCUUGGCCUCGUUUACCCUGAAAGAUUUUUUCGCCAAUCACAUGCCAGUCCACAGCAUUGGCUCCAUUCCUGCUAYAGRCUAUCGGCCGCGGCAGAACAAUUCCGUAAAGUGCGCGAGUUGGUUUUUGACCCUGAACGCACAAGGUACGAUCGAUCUUCAUAGCUUUAGAUCUGUGCUGCACACGCAAGGAGAGGCCUGUUUGCAGGGUAUGUACGUGGACGGCUUCGAAGAAAGGACUAAGGUCGUUUACGAGUUUCAGGGAUGUUAUUUCCAUGGAUGCCCCGAGUGUUUUCCACGAAGGUCUACUACCAAUCCGAAGACAGGGAAGAAGAUGGAAGUGGCUUAUGAAGAAACGCUCACAAAACUAACCCGCUUACGGCUGUUGGGGCUUCAGGUGUUCGAGAUGUGGGAGCACGAUUGGGACGAGGUAGAGAACAAAGUGGAUGUGGAUGAGGACAUCAAGGAGACGCUGUCGCCCUUAGACCUUCGCGACGCCAUGUUUUGA